GAGAAAGGAGAGGGAGUGAGAAAAAGAGAGAGAAAGAGAAUGAUGCGCGCCGAUCGCGAUCCACGCUUGGGUUCUCCUUAAAGAAAGAAAAAUAAGUGAGUGGGGGCGGAAGUAAUCGCUCGAGAUAUACUAUAUGCACUUUGAUGUACUUCGUGACAGGACAGGUGAAAAAGCUUGGAGAAACUGUGUUAUCGGAUACUGACAAUUCCGAAAGUGCAGUGUCGUAUUCGUGCACUCGAAUAACGGUGAAAGUUGCGCUGUGCUUAGAGAUGUGCAGAUGAUGUUGUUUUUUUUUUUUUUUUUUUUUUUUAAUAUCUAUUAAAAAAUUCAUCAGCGACGAUAUACUACGAGCGAGUGAACGUGUGAAAAUAAUUGGGAGUCGUCUCAACAUCGCUGAGAGAAGAAAAUGCGACGGGGCUCCCUUCUUUUCGUUUAUUCGAGACGAUAUAUACGUUUCCUAUCCGUAAAGUAGGAGGGCCUCGAUUAUUUUUUUGUUCUAUAUUUCUACUAUAAACGAGAAAGAAAUCAUCGUGUUCUCGACAUGUUUAUGAAAAGUAUUUGCCGAUAUGGUUUUAAUUUUCCAGUCUGUUGAUGCAAAUGAAAUAUCUACGAUAUCAAUUUUUCCUAGAUUUAAUAGAGUAGCCAAUGUCGCGCCUAGUGUUUACAACGCAUAAAGAGCUAUGACAAACGUGAAGUUAUAUCAAUAUAAUAUACUGUUGGAAGAUGAUCAUGGCAAAGAAUAUGUAUGUAAUAAUUUGAUACGUUGCACGUUGCAUUUUAUCUCGCAGCAAGCGCUGGAGCAAACUGUCGUAAGAAAGCCAGUGUGCACAGCUCUUGUCUGUAAGUGGCAGUGAAAUUCGAGAUUUUAAAUCAGGGGAUGCCUAGCCUAUACUCGCUCGUCGUACGACGAGCCCCCUUAAUGGAUAUGGGCACGACAAAUAGUUCAGUAACUUCUGCAAAUCCACCUACUAAAACCGGCAACAAUCAGAAGAAAAUAGAUAAGACCAAUAAACUCACCGGUAUAAGAUUACCCUUGUUACGCAAAGAAUCAAGCGUAGUCAAUCUUUCUUUGACCGAAAGAACUUUACCAGGGAAAGGCAUAGAUUCUCCACUUUUGAGGCCUGAAAGCAGUGCUAGUUUAGAAGCUCGAGGCAGCAGUUGGAUUAAUUUAGCUCCUGGCGCGCUUAGAAAAUGUGAAACUGCAGUUGGAUUAAGUACGUCAGCUCUAGAGGGUAGAGCUAUCAAUCGCAGUAGAGUUUGCUCUCGCUGUUCUAGUUUGUUGUCAUUGGCAUCUAGUUCGAGAUACAGUUUAGCUGCUGGAAAUUUUGUCCCAACAGGUUCACAGCAGACAGUUGGAAGAAUCUUUUGUAAGCUUUGUCUUACCGACACGUCCCUUUCCAAAACGUUUAAACUUGAAGGCUGUGGUUGUUUCUAUUGUAAAGAUUGUAUGAAAGCAUAUGUCGAAUUUGAAAUUGAAGAGGGUGCAUAUGAAAUUAGCUGUCCGGAUGCACAAUGCGAACAAGGUGCUAUCCUUUCGCUAAAGGAAAUUAGAAGUCUCGUUAGUGUAGAGUUAACGGAGAAAUAUUGCAAGUUUCGUUUAAACAGAGAUGUUUCAAUGGAUACAAAACGUGCAUGGUGUCCACGUGCAGGUUGUGAAACAAUAUGUUCAAUCAAUUCUAAUGGAAGUAGUAGUACACUUCCUGGACCUGUCCACUGUCCUAACUGUUCUACAGAUUUUUGCUCCUUGUGCAGAGAAGCAUGGCAUAGUGGACCUUGUCCCGAUCUUCCAUUAGGUAUACCAUUUGACAGUGACCAUAUUAAAUGCUGUCCUAUGUGUUCCGUACCUAUUGAAAAAGACGAAGGAUGUGCUCAAAUGAUGUGUAAAAGAUGCAAACAUGUUUUUUGCUGGUACUGUUUAGCUUCUUUAGAUGAUGACUUUUUAUUGAGGCAUUACGACAAGGGACCAUGUAAAAAUAAAUUGGGUCACUCACGAGCAUCUGUAAUAUGGCAUAGAACACAAGUAAUUGGGAUAUUUGCCGGUUUUGGUUUGCUCCUACUUGUCGCGUCUCCUUUGCUACUUUUGGCUGCUCCAUGUAUAGUUUGCUGUAAAUGUCGUGUUUGCGGUUCUUCUAGACUCGAACAGGAGGACGGCGAUACUGCAACAUAGAAACUGUAAAAUAUUUUGAAACCCUUUCUUAAUCUUACAUAUUAAUAAUCUUUCUCUUAUAAAAAUGGAACGAAUAAGCUAGCUUCUCUCAUAAAUGAGCAAAUAUAAUCGGCAUUUUAUAUAGAUAUACAUUGAUUUUUAAUAAUAUUUCGUUUGUUAAAAAAAAGAAAAAAAAAAAGAAAAAGAAAGAAAAAAAGAGAGAAAAAGAAUUACUUAUAAAUUAGAUAAUAAAUAUUUUUGUUCAAGAUUUUUUUUUUUUAUUUUAUAUAAAGGGAAUUUUUUGUAUUUGAAGCGAAUUAUAAUUUUGUUACUAAUGUAGAAUUUUCGAAUAUUCAUAGCUAUUUAUUAUGCAAGAACAUUCCAGGAAAAUCACUAUGUUUGUGAAAUAAUAUUAAUUUUAUACUGCCAUGUAGAUUAUGCAUUGUACUCUUGUUUACAAUAUGAUGGAAAUCAUGAUUAUUAUUUUAUGGUUUUCUAUUUUUUUUUUUUUUUUUUGACUUUAUAUGAUAGGAACGCGUGACAUGCAGAUUGAAACAGUGUAUAUCUAUAUGUGUGCCUAAGCUAGAACUCAGUGAGGCUCAGACUUAAGCUUCAACUGAUACUUUAAUUGUGGACUACACUAUACAAUAUUCCACUUGUUCAUAUUUUAUUUGUGGGUACUUUCAUAUAUUUACUUUUGGUGAAUUAACAGUGUGUACAUUGCAUGUACAUUAUUAUAGAAAAUAAUUUGGUGGGGUAAAUAGAGCACGCACUAUAAAAAUUGUAUAGAUAUAUCAAGUCUAUAGUGUUGAUAUAUUGUAAUAAUAACUUGAACUCUCUAAAUGAGUUCAGAAAAAUACAUAUGUGAGUAUGUUUAAAAUUACAGUGUUAUAUAUAAUAAGGUAGAAUGUGUAGGUUGCUAUUGAUUCAAGCAGCCAUGCAAUUCUAUUUGUUGUUUUGAUGGUACAUAGAUGUCCUAUCUUGAAAUAUAAUUUUCUUUGCUCCUGAAGGUAAGAGCAGCUAUAGUUUAAAGUAAUAACACAUACAUACCACACACAUAUAUAUAAAUGAAAUAUGACGCUGUAAUGAAAAUAAUCUUGUUGUUUCAUAUAAAUAAGGGCAACUUAAUAUAACUUUAAGUAGUCUAAAUAAAAAAUGCAAACUUUUUCUUUUUAAUUCGAGACAAGAGUUGUAAUAAAUUAUUUUUUUCUUAUAUAUAUAUGGGCAUAUUCUUUCAUUUAGGAAGUCUUCAAUAUGUAUAUUGUGUAAUAAUUUUUAGCGUUUUAUUUACUAUAAUAGAGAUUUAUUUUAUGUAAAUAAAAGCAUAAAACACGAAGUAAUACAACUAUGUGUAUGCAUAUGUUGUCAAGCUAGAACUACAAUAAGUUAUAUUUUUAAGCUUGGUAUAUAGCAAUUAUGUAUAUAGAUUCCGCAAUUUUGUAUUAUAGAGAACGAUCGUGGCUGCCAAAUUUGCACAUCAAAUUUAUUAUAAAAUAUUAACAAUGAGCAAAAAACUAUUACCGAAGAAAUAUAAUCUGCUUUAUAUGUUCGAAGAAAAAUGUAUAUUUUUCUUUAUUAGCAGAAUUUAUAUGUAAAAUUUUUUUGCACAUCGAAGUUCAUUAAAUAAUAAUCUAUUUUAUUAUUUUCAUUUAAGCUAGCAUUUUAAUUUUUUAUUACGAGCAAAUAUAUCGUACAACGAUGAACAAUUUUGUAUAUAUUAUCUCGUUUCUUCUAUUAUAAUAUUUCAAGAAAAAAAAAAAAAAAUGUUUAUUAUCGCUAUCAUUCUUAAGAUAGUUACAAAUCUUGGAAGAAUAAGCGAAAAGAAAGUUACGACGUAUCGGCGAUAGACUUAAUGUAGAUGUAAAAAUGCUUUGAAAAAAAAAAAGAAAAAAAAAAGAAAAUGUUUCAUUUUGUAAGUAAAAAUUCAAAUAUACUGUGCAUUAGUCCAUGUAUAUAUAAUGACACGGGGUGCAAAUGUAGAUCAUAAUUGAUCGGUGUAUAUAGUGCAUUUGAUUGAUUGUAUAUGAUCAUAACUAUUUUAAGCUUUUAUUUUCCUCCUUUUCUUUGAAAUAGUGCUUCUCAUUUUCUUUUUUAUUUUAACUAGACACAUUUAUUUUUUUCUCUGUAGUUUUUCAUGUAAUCAGUGUUUCUUGGUGAAGGAUAUCAGUAUAUUCACUUCGCGUAUACAUUUUGCGGAGGGAUUUACUAAAUUACGUCUGGUUACUAGAUUUGCAUUUAUGAUAUUUUCGAAUAUAUACGUUUCAAUCUUCCUCAUCUUCCACUUUGAUAACACAUAUAAUUGCGUUAUAAUUAAUUGCUGUGAACAGUUAAGAAAUAAAUCCAAGAUAUGCUCGCGCCGUACCUGUUUAUAGAUAAACAUGUUUUAUAUAUAAAACGUUUCUUGUGUAAUCAUUUAUAUCAAAAUUUUUAUACGCUAUCUUUCUUGUUUUGAACAUUUUCUUUAUCUUUUUUGUUUCUUUUUCGAGUGGAAAUCAAAUAUAUUUAUCGUAAAGUAUCUUUGCAACAAAACAAUAAUUAUCUUCAAGUUUCGUUCUAUUUAAGAACUUGUUUCUUUUUAAUUAUGAUAUUGCUUGGAUUUGGCGCUUGUUUAUUUAUUAAUUUUUUUCUUGUUAAUAUUAUAUGUAAUGUUUAUACGUAUUGACUAAAUGAUAUAGGAGAGAAGGGAUUUAACAAACGUUGAUAAUAAUAAUUGAAACGUAUAUCAUUUACAUAAUAACCCAUUUAUUGUUUUUCUUUCUAAAUGUAAUAUUUUCUGUAAGAAAAUAUGAUAAAAUCGAUUGGGUUAAAAAUUAUUUGGAAUGAAAAGAUUCGCAUAUCUAAGAGACACCAUAUGCAAAACUUCCAGAAUAUUCGACAACAGCAGAUUUCCGCUCGUGAGAACUUCAUAGGGCUGCUUACCGAAUAAAUCCUCUGUAUUACCUAAUGGCGUCACAUUUGCUAAUCUUAACGGACCAUAAGUAUAAAAUUAGGAGAUGGUUAUACAUUUUAUAAAUUACAAGACGACAGAGUCCUGUAGUUCCACAAAAGCUGUGAUAGAUUCUACAUUGAACGUUUAAGAAAGUAGAAUGUAGAUGAUCGAAACAAAAAAAAAUAUAUAUAUAACAAUUAAUAAUAUUAAGUAUAAUGUUAUUGUAUUAGUUAGUAGUGGCAUUGUAAAUUGAGUAAUGUGUCGACAAAUAUAUAGUUAAUGAAUUCAAUAAAUGUGAUUAUAUAAACAAAUACAUUGUAAAAAAAAUGGCGAGAGGAAGAGGAAGAGAAAAAGAGAGAUAGAAAGA